AUGUCUCAGGCAGAUGAGAUGAACGAGAGCUCAUCGGCAAGGGACGAUGAGGAGGGGCCAGACCAUGCAGAAGAGGUGUGGAGGAGGACGAUGGAUCAUAAAUUCAUCACAGAUCAGGUGGUUACUCCUAUUACAGCUGUUGUUCUACAGGUGGAUUCUACAAGGGAAGACAGCAUGGGAGGAUAUCCCUCCAAACAUAAAUCCCAGAUCGAUGAGCAACAGCCCCACUUCACAGCAGCUCCAGCGGCUCCCUCUGCGCCCUGUCUCCCUGCCAUCCCCAACAAAGAGCUUCCUCAUCUGAUUUUGGCCUUUUUCGCUGGGGUUCUACUGACACUGUUGCUAAUGGCCCUUGUCCUCCUCAUCAUAAAGAGCUACAGAAAAUACUUAGGGGAGAGGCUUCUGAUCCCUCCAGGUCCCUUAAUGAAACUUGUCCCUUUUCUUUCUGGCCCUGUGGCAGGUCACUCCAGUCCCCAGGUCCUGGAUCCUCACUCAGAUCCUCCAGCUAAGCUUUCAGCCAUCCCAGAGGAGUCACUUACCUAUGCCAUGAUGACUUUCAAAACCUCAGAAACGAGCAAUCACUUGACUGAAAACCAUUUUGCAGACUUGGACCCCAUUGUCUAUUCUCAAGUUAAAGUGAAAAACUAA